CUAGGAAAAAAAUAUGGCCCUGUCUUCAGUCUUUAUCUUGGAAGGACCCCUCUGGUCUUGAUUUAUGGGUUUCCUUCAGUCGAGGAGGUUCUCGUGAUACAAGGCAUAGAAUUUGCUGGGAGAGCAUCCUUUCCAAUAACGGAUGUCCAUACUAGGAAGAAAGGUUUGCUGGCAUUAAGAUAUGGUGAAAUAUGGAAGGGGCAAAGAAAGUUUUCACAGAUGCUUUUCAGAAACUUUAGAUCGAGCAAAAAAUCAGUGGAAGAAAAGAUCCUGGAAGAAACAUCUUAUUUGAUUCAAGCAUUCACUGAUAACAGAGGCGUUCCUCUCGAUACUUAUGAGUUUCUGGACACUGCAGUCGCCAAUAUAAUUUGCGCCAUCAUAUUUGGGAAACGUUGGGAAUAUGGCAACGGCUUCUUCAGGACUUUCCUGGAUCAGAUACAUCUAAGUUCCAAAAUGACGACAGGACCCUGGGCCUUGCUUUACAACGAGGUGCCCUUGGUAAGAAGUCUCCCCUUGCCCCACCAGACAAUACUAAGAACUGCAGAGAAAAUAUAUGUUUUUAUUCAAAAGGAGGUGGAAGAACACAAGGCGACCUUGACUCCGGGAGAACCUCGUGAUUUCACUGAUGCCUACUUAGAAGAAAUACAGAAGCCAGAGAAGAAAAGUUCAGGCUUUGAAGAAGAGCAAUUACGAGUCUUACUGUCUGAUCUAUUUCUGGCUGGAACAGAGACAACGGCCGCAGCACUUCAGUGGACAAUGCUCUAUUUGGUGGCCUUUCCAGAGAUUCAAGAGAAAUGCUGGAAGGAAAUAGACACAAUGGUGGGAAACAAGGCAAUUUUGGAGUAUGCAGACAGAAAAAAGUUGCCCUACACCAACGCCGUCAUUCAUGAAAUCCAACGCGUUUCAAAUGUUGUUCCUUUUGCAAUUCCUCAUGCUCCCAUAAAAGAUGUGCAGCUUUUUGGAUAUAAAAUUCCCAAGUGCUCCUCACACUUUUUGACCUGCAUCUGCCAUUCUCCAACCACAUCUCAAUCGGGUCUAUCUGGAAGCUCAUCCAGAGCCCUAUUUGUUUUGACUUCUGCAGGACACCAUGGUUGUUGUCAACAUCCACCAGAGAGGAAAGGUUCAAGUUUUGAAGAAGAGCAACUACGAGUCUUAUUGUAUGACCUAAUCAAUGCUGGAACAGAGACAACCUCAGGAACACUGCAGUGGGCAUUCCUCUAUUUGGUGGCCUUUCCAGAGAUCCAAGAGAAAUGCUGGAAGGAAAUCGACAAAGUCCUGGGAAACAAGGCAAGACUGAAACACGAGGAUCGUAUAAGGUUGCCCUACACAAAUGCCGUCAUUCAUGAAAUCCAACGUACAUCAAAUAUAGUUCCACUUGGAGUAGCUCAUAAAGCUAUUAAUGAUGUGCACCUUCUUGGAUACAAAAUUCCCAAGGUAAAGGCAGAAACCUUUGAGUGGGAAGGGUAUAGCGUUGGUGAUUCUCCAGGCAAAUCUGAAGACACCAUGGUUGUUGUCAACAUCCAGUCUGCCCAUCAUGAUGAAUCCCAGUGGAAGUUUCCCAAUGAGUUCAACCCCUCCAACUUCCUGAAUGAAGAGGGAGAGUUUGUGAAGCCAGAAGCCUUUUUGGCAUUUUCAGCAGGACCGAGAGUCUGCGUAGGGGAAAACCUGGCUCAGAUGGAGCUCUUCCUCUUCUUCACCAGCAUUCUCAGGAACUUCCAGCUAUUGUGGCCAGAUAAAUCUCAAGCUCCAGAUUUCACACCACACUCUGGGAUUGCACAAUUCCCAUCCCGCUUUAAGGUGUUGCUGAAAAGUCGCUAGCCCUGUGAGUAGGUGUAAGGGAGGAUCUAUAAAACAACUGAUUCAAGACGAUCCCAUUCUCUCCAACAGCCAGUGGCCACCUCUACUUCAAAUUCAGCACAAGAUCAUUUUAUAAAAACAUAAAUAAAAUGCUAUCCCA